AUGUUUCUCGGGCGACGCGUUCUGCUUCCACGGCUUGGCGGCGUGCCUAAUGGAGCUAUCGCUGCUCGUCCCUUUGCUUCUUCUGCUAACUCCUCUAUGGACUUUCUUUUUAAUCCAACGCCGGAGCACAAGAUGCUGCGGAAUACGAUCGCAAAGUUUGCGGCUGAACGGAUUGAGCCACAGGCGAGGCAAAAUGAUAUUGAGAUGCGGUUUAAUACGGAACUUAUGCGAGAACUUGGGGACCUCGGCGUGUUGGGCGUCACUGUUUCAGAUGAAGAUGGCGGUGCGGGAAUGGACGCCACCGCUUCCGUUAUUGUUCACCAUGAAAUAUCCAAGUGUGACCCGGGCUUUUGCUUAGCG